UAAUGGGUUUCCAAUUAAGCUCCAAGUAUUUAAAAAACUGUUCCAAUGUUACUUUAUUUUUGCUCCAAACAUCACAGUUUGCUUACUUAUGCAGGGUGACACGCACGAAAAACCAAGAAAUUUUCCGCUUAGUAACCCCAACGAUCACCUUAAUCAGACACUAACGGUAAUAUUAAAUACAAAGUAGCUUAGAACUAAAAAUGUUUGCAGCUCUUGGCUCUUGGCAGAAAGAAUGAUUUCUCAAUUGAUAAAAAUUGUGCUAAUUUCUUCAAUAGUGUUUCCCGAAUUGUGUGCUGGACGUGCGAAUGUUUGCCUUGAUUUAAACGAUAUACUCUCUUUGAAUUGGAUGCCUGCAACUCUCCUACAGAAAGUGGGGGCUGAUGUUUAUGAUACAGAUGUUGCCAAUAAAACUUUUAAUGGAAUAGACAACAGAAUGGAAGUUAUGGAUGGAACUAUUGAUGAUGCAUUAACUACUAUGACGUUUCACAGGUCAAUGUUAAAUCAGUAUCACUGCACGAAAUAUGUUGCCAAUCAGAUCGUAUCGGAAAUGUCCAAAACCGCAUUUGAACGAAGAAGUGGAGGAUCAGACCCAGAAAAUGUAGAAAAUGAUGUAACCCAUAAAGAUAAGAUAAAAUCAAGCCUAUUAUCAGAUCAAGGGUCAUCAAGCUAUGAAGACUGGCUUAGAAAAAGUGCAACUCUCGACGACUUAUACAGACAUCAUCAUAGCAUAAACAACCUAAUGGAUACUGACUUGCAAUCAGCAAAAGACAACGCAGUUAACACGGAUAAAAACCAGCAAAUUUCUACCAAAUUCGACCAUCAAUAUCACGGAGAUUACAUAGCCACUCAUGGGGCUUUUUUGCAACCCACUAUAUAUCAUACUUCAGAAGUCGAACAAUCUUACAGCAAAUCUGACAAAAUAGCCGAUAUUUUUGAAAUUGCUCUCACCGCAUUGGCGUAUUUGUCCUUUGGAAUGUUCAUCGUGCAUUUGAUGAUGUGCAUAUCUGCAGUGAGUAAUCAACAGACAACCACAGCAAAUACCAGAAUCGUAGCACUUAAUCUGAGCCCGGCUGAGAUCAAUGCAGACGAAUACGAACCACAUGGAACUGUAACUGAUUCUAUGGAAUCUGAUGAAUUCAAAUUCAGAUCCAUUAAAGAACCGAACAAUUCGACGCCAUUAACUUCUGAGACACCAAAUGAGUUAGCUAGAAAAAUACUAAGUAUUUUCGAUUCUGCUUUAGGUGCUCCUAAAGACAAAGGCCAAUGCUUCAGAUAUGCGCUAUGCAAUGCAACAAAAUAUUCCCGAUUCAUCAAUGGAAAGGGAAAACUAUUCAUGGGUUGGUGGAGUUUUGGAGUUAGCUGGUUAUCGGAAAAGCUCACGCACAAUUUCGUGUCCAAACUUGAGGGUCUUCAGGCAAUCAUAUUUGGUUUAGGAAAAGCAAAUUGCAAAUCGGUUUAUCCAUGUAUGUUUGUGAAAGAUAAACAAUAACGCAAAUGUAACCAGCAGACAUAACUGUAGAUACUUCUCUUAUUUAUUUGAUCUCGGUGCAUUUAUAUAACUAUCCAUACGUUUGAUAAAAAAUAACUUCAUUCAGGGAAAAUAUGAAAUUAAUUUGGUUUUUGUAUCUUUUUUCACUACAUAAUAUACGAGGUUCGGAAAUAAAUAUAACAAAGUAAGUUAAAAAUGAAUUUCAAUAAAAAAAUUGUCGUUUUA